AUGUCCAGCCAAAUACCAGAAGAGCAUAUCCGGCAUUGUAUGCUUGUUGAAUUUCGCAAGGAUAGUAACGCAACAGUUACGACCAAAAACAUUUGCGAUGUUUAUCCAAGAAGACCAAUAACAUUAGACAACGACAUGCUAAGGACAGAAGUGGAAGCAAAUCCAUGUCAGGCAAUCGAGGAACUCUCAAACAUCUUUAACCAACCUUGGUCGACCAUCCAAGAAUAUUUGCAGCAGAUUGGAAAAAUAAGCAGAGCAGGUUUGUUUGGGUCCCCCAUAAUCUGUCCGAUGAGAACAAAGCCAAUCGAUCCAUCACAUUGGCUCUCUCCAAAUGAAUCACCACGAAGUACUGCAAAGCCGGGUUUACAUCCCAAAAAGGCGCUUGUGUGUGUUUGGUGGAGUAUACGCGGAAUUGUUCAUUUUGAAGUGCUGAAACCUGGACAAACUGUUAAUGCAGAUCUUUAUCGUGAACAAUUGGAUCGAGUGAACCAAUCUUUAAUCGAAGAGUAUUCGGUGAUUGUCAACAGAAAAGGCGUUAUUCUGCAACACGACAAUGCAAGACCGCACUGUACAAGACGAACCUUGGAAAAAAUUAAUGAAUUGGGGUGGGAGGUACUGCCUCACUCACCAUACUCGCCCGAUAUCGCACCUUCGGAUUUCCAUUUAUUCCGAUCGCUACAACAUUUUCUUAGUGGCAAAAAAUUUGAAAAUUUUAUGGUGUCCAAAAUGCCAUCUCGAGAUAUUUUACUCAAAAACCAAUUGAUUUUUAUCGGUCCAACGUUAUUAUUGAAAAUUUGCACACUAGAUGGCAAAAGGUUGUUGACAACGAAGUUUUAUCUCUCCACGAAAUUAUAUACUCAUCCAGAGACAAUUGUUGAUGUGGUUUAUACACAUCGUUAA